GUUUUAUAUGUGUUCUUCUAUGAAUGUGUAGCCUACAAAUACGAGUAGGCUAGUCUAGUCUACUCCAUCCUGCUUUCCUACAUACAUAGCCUAGGCUAUAGGAAGGUACCUUAUACUGAUAAGCAGCAGACUACAACAAAGUCAGUGGAAGUAGUUGAAACCUAUCCGCCAGGUCUGCCGAAACUCAUGAGUCAACUACAGGGGUGACAAUCUAUUGCUUAUAUCUUUACAUAUUUCAGCAAUAAUGCGCUCGACCAAUAUCUUCCUCCUGUGCAACAUGUUAGGCAUUGUUCAUUCAAUUACUGUGACCGUUCCAGAGCGGUCAGUCAACGUCACAGAGAGGGGGACUGUGUUUCUUGCUUGUACAUUUACAACCACAGCCCCAACCAAAAAUCUGAUUGUCCAGUGGUUCUUCACUGAAAAUCUUGGAACUGGUCAGUCUAAACAGAUCUUGUUCUAUGAAGGUGGGACCACAGUCAUUAUUCCUGCGUUCCAAGGCAGGCUGAAGAUGCUCUCUAAUCCAGCAAUGACAAAGAAUGCCACAAUAUCUAUUGACAACAUGCAGCAAAACGACUCAGGAAUGUUUAGCUGUGAAGUGAAUAAUAUGCCUGAUAUUGAGGGGAGGAAUGAGAUGACCGUUGUUGUCAAUGUUCUGGUGAAGCCUUCGGCUCCUUACUGUUCCCAUCAUGGAGAAGUAGCAACUGGUCAUCAAGUCAUACUCACCUGCCAUAGUAAAGAGGGAAAUCCACCACCCACCUACACCUGGACACAUGUGAAGGAUGGCCAGAUUAAGGGCAUUCAAGAUAUCAAGAAAGGGACCAUGGCUAUUCAGAACAUCUCCCAGGUUCAGUUCGGAGAAUACCAGUGUGUGGCAUCUAAUGGUGUUGGUACAGCUAGCUGCACCAUAGAUCUGAGUGAAGAGAUAAACGAUGGAGUCAUUGCUGGGGCUAUCAUUGGUGCACUGUUGUUCUGUGGUGCCAUUGGCCUCCUGGUCUGGGUCAUCACCCACCAAAUAAAGAAACAACACAAAAUGAAAGUGACCAAAAGUCUUAAAGACAGUGAGAUGCAGCCUAUGAAAGCAAGCAGAACAACACACCAAGUAAAGGAGGAUGGAGAUGAGAAUCCAGCAAUGUAGGAGGAGUAUCCUCUCAAUACCACAAACACCAACUUUACACCAUAGAUUCUUUAUUUGUCAUGAAAUGUACUGCUUUUUGACGUGUACAGUGGGAUGUUUGUGUCAACAAAAGUAUUUUUUCACUAAUAAUUUCAAAACAAGGUUGAGAAAUACAGCAGAGUAUAUCUGAAAGU